AUGGGUAAGGACAGGAAGAGCAAAGGCAAGGCAAGCAGCGGGGCCGACGCAGGCACCCCGCCGUCGGCGGAGGAGGCGGUGCAGCACGUCGCGAAGCACAAGUUGCUGGGCGGACGAAAAGGGAAGGCCGUGACCUACCGCGACCCACUGGGGCAGCUGCCCGUGGAGGCGCGGGGCUCCGCGGACUGCCCGGUGGAGGUCGUGAGUCUCGGCGCGUUCGAGGCCUUGGUGCAGGCCGGGGCAGCCGGCGGGUGCGUGCUCGACUUCGCGUCGGAUUCGAACCCCGGCGGGUCGUGGCGGUCGAAGCAGCAAGGGACCCAAGAGGAGGCGCUAUGCCGCACGUCGACGCUGGGGCUGAAGCUAGAGGCACAUUUUGCUGAUGUGGGCGGCGGCGGCUACAUGCCGGGCAAGGAGAGCUGCGUGUACGUCCCCGACGUUGCUGUUUUCUGGGCGAAAGACCUUAACUGGUUGGUGCCCGCGAUCCCGUGCGCCGUCGUCGCCGCCGCCCUCCGCGACGUCGGCGGCGACGUCGGCGCGCUGCGGCGAAAGGUACGCAGCGUGCUGGUCACGGCCGCGGCUCAUGGGCACCGAAGACUCGUGCUGGGGGCGUGGGGGUGCGGCGCGUUCGGGAACGACGCGGCCCUCGUCGCGGCGGCGUUCCGCGACGAGGUGCGAGCGGCGGCGGCGCGCGGCGACGUGGAACACGUCGUCUUCGCGAUGGGGGACUCGGGGGCGGGGCGGCGCAACGCGGCGCUGUUCAGAGAAGUCUUCGGCCUCCCGGCGCACGGGUAAUGGUAUUGUGAU